UCGUCGGCGGAAGCCUUUCUCCGCACGCAUCUCCUCUCCCGUCUCCCGGUCGCCGUCUGGCCUGCCCUAGACAUCGCCACAGAAGAGACAUCCAUCGACGCUAGUCACCGGCAGCCUAGAUCGGCCUUCUCUUCGAUGAGAUAAGCCAAGAAAAAAAUGUUUUUUUCUGAUGAAGCUGGAGAUGGUCCUGCAAUUCUUAAAUUACAGAAUUGGGGUCACUUGAAAUGUCAGUUACAGCUAUCAGAGUUCUCUGCAGCUUGUAUUUCACCUUCUAAAGAGCUGCUGUUACUGCUUUCUAAUUUGGAAGCUGUAUUACUUCCUCUAGUUUCAGGAAAAGAGUCAUGCAAGUUGGCAAACCAGGAUGAUUCACGUUCAUCUUCUGCUGCAUCUGUUCUAUCACCAAUAGCAAAUGUUCAACCAGAUUCAUUUCAUGAUGUGGUCGAUUGGACAGAAGUUGUUCCCUUUUCUGACAUUGGACAAAAAGGAACUUAUUCAGUGUUUGAUUAUUACCCUGUGAUAUCUAAUGUGAACUCAUUGGCUUGGGGACACUAUGGUGAUUCGUAUGGUCGGCCUGAAGAUUAUAGUUUUAGAGAAUUUCUUAUUGUCUCAAAUAACCAGGACAUUACUCUUCAUGCUUUUCGCAAUGAAAAUACCGAUACAAUUGAAUCAUAUCCUGAAGAUGCAGAUGCAAAUGGCGUGUGGAUGAGGUGGAGUUCCAUACCUAGUCCACUGCCAAAUGAGCAAUUCUUGCAUUCUCAUAAUAAAAACUAUUUCUGUGAGAUAGAUGGGAAAACUGGAAAUUCAGGAAAAUUACAUAUUGAUAAUCAGAUGGGGGAUAUUGAGUCAUCAUGUGGCAGACCAAAGAGUUGGCUUUGCUCUUUUCUUUCUGAACUGGAUCUAAGUGAGUCUGAUAGUAAACACAUAGGUCUGUUUCCUCCAAAAUCAUCAUUUCCUCAUUCCGCGGAUGUUGUAUCUUUUAGCAUAUAUAGAAGCUCUUUGGCAUUUCUUGCUCACACUUGUCCUUUAAAUCAACAGGAGUGCCAUAGUGGUAGGAAUUUAAAUGAGAUUCUUGAUGAUGAAUUCAUAUCUGAGUUAUCGGGCAAUUUUCAAUCCAAAAUCAAACCAGAAGACACUUCAUAUAAUUGUUCAAAAGUGUUCUCAAGCUCUUCACAUAAGUUAAUCGGUUUGGUAUUAACAACUUCUGCUGGCUCUUCUAUUAAAAGCUGUGAAAACAGUGUUGAAUAUUCAAAUCACACAUUUGUGGUAGUUAUUAUGUUACACUGGUGGGGCAUACAGUGGGUUUGUUCUGUUAACCUUGAGGAUUCAUAUCCUGGCUCUGGUCGAGUUCGACCAUGGGCCGAUUUUCAGUUUUCAGGCAACUAUCUUGUUUGCCUUAACAGCUCUGGUUUGGUCAGAAUGUGGGUUGCAGAUACUGGUCAGCUCAUAGCGCAGUUCGAGACUGUACAGUGCUGUGAAGUGGGUAGAUGGUUGCCAUUUAAUGGGCUUGCAUCUUUUGAAAAUUCAAAUUUAAGUGAUGUUGACCAUGGUACCAAUGCCACAAAUAUUAGAACUUUCAGAAAAUUGGUGGUGACUUCGCACUCAUUGCAUCUAGCCAUAGUCGAUGUGCAUGGGGUAGUUUAUUUAGUUUAUGCUAGUGACUAUAUCUCAGAAAAGCACCAGAAGCCUAAACAAUUGAUACCUCAUUCUGAGCACUCUGAUCUUGGCUUGUUGGCUGGUUGGAAGGUUGCUGGUUAUUUUGUAGGUGUUCAACAGUCAUUUAUUGGUCUACCUGAUGCCCAGGAAUUUUCCGAUUCAACUGUGCUAGGUCAAUAUUUUGCAAGUACAGAUCAGGUUAAUCUUAAGCAAAGAGUAAGAUUCAAAAAACAGUUUGUAGGUGAAGAAAAGCAAUCACAUACCUUUCAAAGUGGUUUUGGUGCUACUAGUUCACCAGUAAAUGAUAGUAGAAUUGGUAACUGUGGAUCCAAAAACUCUGUUCCUAUGCGAAGAAUUAUUUUACCUUUAGACAGAGUAAAUGAUGACUGUAUCUGCCUUUCACCCUUUGGUAUAACUAGGGUUGUCAAAUGCUGCAAUAUGAAGGAACAGAAGGGGCACAGAGUUGUUCACACUGACAUCCACAUGAAUUGUUCAGUACUUGACGAAAGAGACUUCUAUUCACAUGGGAAAUUCAGAAGGUGCUCUUCUGCUGUAAAUGAUUCUUUUUGUCUCGGAGAAUCACUUGGUUGUCUUUUUCAGGGGUUCUUGUAUCUGGUUACUUCACAUGGCCUCUCUGUUGUUCUCCCUUCAGUUUCGGUUUCAACUGCAUUGUUCCCUUAUUUAGCAACUAGAUAUUCACCACCAUGUGAUUUUGCUAGUUGCAACUUCGAUAAUACAAGCAUAAUAGCGACAUGCAAACCUAAUGAGUCGUUGAGGCCUUGGCAAAUUGAAGUUUUAGAUAGAGUUGUAUUAUUUGAUGGGCCUAGAGAAGCUGAGCACGUCUGUUUGGAGAAUGGAUGGGACCUUAGAGAGGCUCGAUUUCGUCAGAUGCAGUUGGCUUUGCAGCACUUAAAAUUUGAUGUAAUACAACAAUCUUUGGAUAUGCUUGCUGAUGUUAAUCUGGCAGAAGAAGGCAUCUUAUUGUUGCUGUUUGUUUGUGUUCAUGAAAUGUGCUGUUGUAUCAAUAGGGACGCUGAUCUUGCAUCAGUAUCUAGGCUACUGACUCUUGCUGCUUGCUAUGCAACUAAAGUGAUUCGUAGAUAUGGUUCUUUGACUCUAAAGAAAACUCUCACGCAUAAUGUUGGAAACGGAUUCAGACCGUCUCUGUCUCAGUCAAGGUCAAACUUGCUACUGUGGGACCAUGUUGGUAACAAUUCUAGAAGAAUUUAUGAAAUGUCAUUCUAUUUGGAGGUUAUAAGAAAUCUUCAAAGUCGGUUGAUUUCAAAGAACAGAAGACCAAUCCAAGAUAUGGUAGAGAUGCAUCAAGUUUGGAGGAUCAAGAAGCAUUGCAGAGUGAUUCCAUACUUUCACAUCAGCAGAUUGAUAGUUCAGAACAUCAGGCGAAGGGGGAUUGUUCAUCAGGUGCAUCUGAAUCACCAUUGGAUAGUUCGGGUGCUCUAGCAGUUCAAUCAGUGGAAUCUUCUCCUGAUAUGAUUAGAACUCAUGAACUUUGUGUCCGUGAGGUUAGUAUAAUGCAAAGGAAUCUGAUUCCUUUGGAAAAUCCCAAAGACAUGAUUUCACGUUGGCAUUUAGAUA